GCAUGUCCAAGCCUGGAGAUGAAGUGCAGGAAGGCAGUCGGAGGCUGUCUGCCAAUGGCUCCUCGCACAUUUCGCUGUCCAGGGUGCAGGGUGACCACGGGGGGGACGUCGGACCUGAGGAAGACUCGCUCCCAGCCAGCAGCCAGCCGUAAUAGGAGCACGCUAGCGCCCUCUGCUGAUCCAGCGCCUCUACGCAGCCUGGCUCAACUGCGGCGUCUCCGUACGCACUUUCCCAUCGCGGCCGUUCCGCAAGCAAUAACGUGACGAAGAUACCCAAAUUGUCAACAUGGUUAACUUCACGGUGGACCAGAUCCGAGCCAUCAUGGACAAGAAGUCCAACAUCAGGAACAUGUCCGUGAUCGCCCACGUGGAUCACGGCAAGUCCACGCUGACGGACUCGCUGGUAUCCAAGGCGGGCAUCAUCGCUUCAUCCCGCGCCGGAGAGACUCGUUUCACAGACACGCGCAAAGACGAGCAAGAGCGCUGCAUCACCAUCAAAUCGACGGCCAUCUCCUUAUACUAUGAGCUGGAUGACAAAGACUUGGCCUUCAUCAAGCAGUGCAAAGACGGCAACGGCUUCCUCAUCAACCUCAUCGAUUCUCCGGGUCACGUUGACUUUUCGUCCGAGGUUACGGCGGCCCUCAGGGUGACCGAUGGCGCCUUGGUGGUGGUGGACUGCGUCUCUGGGGUUUGCGUGCAGACGGAGACGGUACUGCGGCAGGCCAUCGCCGAGCGCAUCAAGCCGGUUCUGAUGAUGAACAAAAUGGACCGGGCUCUGCUGGAACUUCAGCUGGAGACCGACGAGCUCUUUAGGACCUUCCAGCGUAUCAUCGAGAACGUCAACGUCAUCAUUUCCACCUAUGGAGAGGAUGAGGGGGGACCCAUGGGCAACAUCCUGAUUGACCCCGUUAUCGGCACGGUGGGCUUCGGCUCGGGCCUGCACGGCUGGGCUUUCACAUUGAAGCAGUUUGCCGAGAUGUACGUGGCCAAGUUUGCUGCCAAAGGCGAAGCUCAGAUGAGUCCGGCGGAGAGGUGCAAGAAAGUAGAAGACAUGAUGAAGAAACUGUGGGGAGAAAGAUAUGUUGAUCCGAGCACCGGCAAGUUCACCAAGACGGCUAUCGGUGCUGACGGCCAGAAAUAUCCUCGCUCUUUUUGCCAGUUCGUUUUGGAUCCGAUCUUUAAGGUGUUUGACGCCAUCAUGAAUUUUAAGAAGGAGGAGACGGCCAAACUCAUCGAGAAGCUGGACAUCAAGCUGGAUUCGGAGGACAAAGAAAAGGAAGGCAAGCCUCUGCUGAAGGCGGUGAUGCGUCGCUGGCUGCCGGCCGGAGAGGCCCUGCUCCAGAUGAUCACCAUCCACCUGCCCUCGCCUGUCACCGCUCAGAAAUACCGCUGCGAGCUGCUCUACGAGGGCCCGGGAGAUGACGAAGCCGCCAUGGGUGUUAAGAAUUGUGAUCCCAAAGGUCCCCUGAUGAUGUAUAUCUCCAAGAUGGUCCCAACCAGCGACAAGGGUCGCUUUUACGCAUUUGGCCGCGUCUUUUCUGGAUGCGUGUCCACCGGCCAGAAGGUGCGCAUCAUGGGGCCAAACUUCACCCCUGGGAAGAAAGAGGAUCUUUAUGUCAAGCCUAUUCAAAGGACCAUCCUAAUGAUGGGAAGAUACGUGGAGCCGAUUGAAGAUGUUCCAUGUGGCAACAUCGUAGGCCUCGUCGGAGUCGACCAGUUCCUGGUUAAGACGGGGACCAUCACCACUUUUGAACAAGCCCACAACAUGAGGGUGAUGAAAUUCAGCGUCAGUCCGGUGGUCAGAGUUGCCGUGGAGGCCAAGAACCCGGCCGACUUACCCAAGCUGGUGGAGGGCCUGAAGCGCCUGGCCAAGUCCGACCCCAUGGUGCAGUGCAUCAUCGAAGAGUCCGGCGAGCACAUCAUCGCAGGAGCCGGGGAGCUGCACCUGGAGAUCUGCCUGAAGGACUUGGAGGAGGACCACGCCUGCAUUCCACUGAAGAAAUCAGACCCAGUCGUGUCUUACAGAGAGACAGUGACGGAGGAAUCGGACCAGAUGUGUCUCUCCAAGUCUCCCAACAAACACAACCGCCUCUUCAUGAAGUCUCGUCCUUUCCCGGACGGCCUGGCCGAAGACAUUGAGAAAGGAGACGUCACGGCCCGUCAGGAGCUGAAGGCUCGCGCUCGCUACCUGGCCGACAAGUAUGAGUGGGAGGUGACCGAAGCGAGGAAGAUCUGGUGCUUUGGUCCCGACGGAACCGGGCCCAACUUACUCAUCGACGUGACAAAGGGGGUCCAGUACCUCAACGAGAUUAAGGACAGCGUGGUGGCUGGGUUCCAGUGGGCGACUAAAGAGGGUGCGCUGUGUGAGGAGAACAUGCGCGCGGUCCGCUUCGACAUCCACGACGUGACGCUGCACGCCGACGCCAUCCACCGCGGCGGAGGACAGAUCAUUCCCACGGCCCGCAGGGUUCUGUACGCCUGCCAGCUCACUGCUCAGCCUCGCCUCAUGGAGCCCGUGUACCUGGUGGAGAUUCAGUGCCCUGAAGCAGUGGUGGGCGGGAUCUACGGUGUUCUGAACAGGAAGCGAGGUCACGUGUUUGAGGAAUCUCAAGUGAUCGGAACCCCCAUGUUUGUGGUCAAAGCUUACCUGCCCGUCAACGAAUCCUUCGGCUUCACCGCUGACCUGCGCAGUAACACUGGAGGCCAAGCCUUUCCACAAUGCGUGUUUGACCACUGGCAAAUUCUCCAAGGCGACCCUAAAGACCCCGCCAGCAAACCCUUCCAAGUGGUUGGUGAAAUUAGGAAGCGUAAAGGUCUCAAGGAAGGCAUCCCCGCUCUGGACAACUACCUGGACAAAUUGUAACGUCCAACUCUUUUAUCAUUUCACCUUAGAAGAGGGAAGUCAACCACCAACAUUUCUCGACCUGUCGUGUUCUAUGCGCCUUGACGGGCGGGGCUGCCUAGAACAUGUUUUUGGUAAAGAACGUGUUGGGGUUGACUUUCUCUUUAACCUUAUGGGCACUUUAAAAAUCUUUGCACCGGCUUUAAAGUUUGCACAGUGAGUCCCGACUUCCGAAAAAAAAUAAAUAAAUAAAAAGCUUUUGCGUGUGCUGUUACAGGCUACUUGGGAGCAAUUAAUUUGACAGCAACAGCACACCAAGUGCCUAGGCCAAAAGUUCCAGGAAGUAUUUGGAACAAAACUGUGAGAUGAUCACUUCCUUGAGUUUAGUCUUCUGCACAUGACCCGUUUUUUGCCAUUUCAUCGGACACGACGGCUCUCGAAGGUGCACUGUGAUACUGCUGCAAUAAUGUAAGAAGUGACGUUGCGGAAUUGGUCCAGCGCUCCAUUGAUCUUCACAAAUAAAACAUGCUACUGCAGAUGAGGUGGCUUUUAUUUUUUGGAAGUUUCUAGAAUGAUCCUGUUAAGUCAAGUCAAGUUCCUUCAUUCAUGACUAAUGAACACAUUUUUUCGCACUCUUUAUUCAAGUGUUUUCAAGACAUACAUAGAGAGAGAGAAUGUUAAUAAAUGCCUGAUUAUAUU